AUGGUUUUGUGGAAUAGAAGUCAACAUAUUUUUAAUACAGAUUUUAAAACAGUUUCACUAGCAUUUUUUAAUAGGUAUCCUAAUCCAUACGCACAUCACGUACUUUCCAUAGAUACAUUAUCAAGAGAAAUAGAUCCAACAACAGGAGAACUAGUAACAACCAGAAUAAUUAAAAAAGCAGGGAAGUUGCCUGAGUGGAUCAAACCAUUUUUGGGGAAAAUAUCUGAAAGUUGGAUUAUCGAGAUUAGUAAAAUUGAUAAAGAAAAUUUACUUUUAACCACCUACACUAAAAAUUUAGAUCAUACUAAAAUUAUAAAAGUAGAAGAAUACACCACCUACAAAUAUGAUAAUAAAAUAAACCAAACUUUGGUGGAGAGCAAUGUUAAAUUCAGUAGUGGAUUUGGAAGGAUGAAUACUUUUAGAAAUAGAAUUGAACAAUGGAGUCAUGAAAAGUUUACUGAAAAUAUCAAAAAAAGCAGAUUAGGUAUGAAAUUUGUUAUUGAUCAAUAUUUAAUAAAGUCAAACUUAAACUGA